AAACUAUUAUAGAAUACAAUUCCAGUCUUAUUUAUGUAUAUAACCCAUACUAUUACAGAAACGAUCUUAAUCAUAUGAUCUUAUUUCACAUGCUAAAAUACAUUACAACUAGUAAAUCGUAAUCCUUUGUUCAAUAUUAUAGUGCAUUUAAAUCUAUUGUUUUCAUAGCUUUUUCUCUAAAUAAAGAAUUUAAUUUUAGCUAUAUUGAAUAGGUUUAAGAGGAUAUAAAUAUAUCGACGGUAUAUUUUCUCCCGUUUGGAUUCAGAAUACACGGAAAUCCACUCAGUCUAGAAAAAUAAAUCUUGUGCUAAAAAUUCUGUGACAACCAAUUCAAGACAAGCGCCCGUGCUAGUUGUAGUCUGUGUGACGUCAGGUGUGCUUUCUGUGGGGAUACUUUGUGCUGUGCUGGUGGGUGCUCAGUGCUCGAGGUGAAAGGUUAAUCUUCUGUGACCUCUAGGGGAACUUUUUCCCUCAUGAUAUCACACACCUCCACUAAAGGAAUCGUUACCUGCGUGUGGACACUAUGGGUAAUUCCAGCUCUAGAAAUCACUCCGACGGCCCCUACCCCGGCAGCGUGUACCCAUCAGACGCCGAGUUCACGGCACGCGACAUGGACGGGCCCAGCUUCUACUGCGCCUACCUCCGGUUCAGCCCCAUCUCCAAACCCCCCACCAACAUCGGCGUCCUCCAGGCGCCCAUCAAGGAGCUGUACUUCAAGUACCGCAAGACGCCCGCCAGCGGCCGCAGCGCCUGCCUCAAGCUCAUCCAGAAGGGCGUGCUGGUUGUCUUCUACGAAGACGGCAAUGUCAAGGACGAGAUGUUUUUCGAUUUCUCCAGCGUUGUGUUCGUGGAGGCUGUCAAGUUUUUGCCGGUCAAGACGUCCAGUGAGAAGAAGAUAAAGGCGUUGUUUGUGCCGGUGGACGAAAGCAAAGCUCAGUUGAGCGACAAGAGCGCGUUUCUUGUGGAGAAACCGUUCCAGUUUUUGACAUCCACAACCCACCCUCCUUUGGUGGUUUGCGUGGUGAGGCGACCUACAGGGGUCAAGGCUUUGGACUGUCACGUGUUUGCGCUCGACACGGUGGAAAAUUCCUUGCAUAUAACGGCUUUGAUAGGGUCGACCCAGAUCCCUCCAGGGAUCCCGGUGGGACGUGGUGACGGCGGAGACCCCUCAAAGGCGAAAGGGAACUUCGAUAGGGGUGGACGUGGGGAUGUUAUACGGACAGAGUACGGGGAGUAUUCGGUGUAUCGGGGCCCCCAUGGAUACGAGGGCCCCCCUCCGGGCCAGCGGUACAGCGGCGGGCCUUUAAUGAGCCCUGUGAGAAACGGCCCCAACCCCGGGGUCAUCCCAGGGGGCGGGAUCAUGUUAACGCAGGACAACUUCCGGGACCCGCCUUCACAAAACCCCGCCUACGGACUCUACGAGCAGCAGAAUAUGGGCGGGGUUCAGCUUCGGAACCGCCCUGACGUCAUCAUGCACGUACGUCAGAGGUCAGGCGACAGCGGGGAGAACUCCCCGCACGACAAGAGCUUCACCAGCAACGCGGGGUCGGAGCAGGGCGCGGCGCGGCUCCGCAUGGAAGAAGCCAACCUCCGCAACGCCCAACGUCUUUCCGGCGGUCUCGGCAUGGCAGGUAACCGGAUGUCCGUUGGUCAACUGCCCUCUGGGGAGAAAAUAUCCCCGCACCUUCACGACGCCAGAUAUCUAUCAGGUCCACAGUUUUCCCCGCGAAACUCCGACCCAAGUUUAUCCCCGGCGGUCAAUUCCCCUAGAUCCCCGCAGGUGUAUUCCCCGACGAGCCCCCGGGGAUUCGACGGCGGGCCAAUUUUCUCCGCCUCCAACCUAGAAAGCAGAGUCAUGGACGACGACGCGGGGGAGCCCAACCCCUCGGGAAAACCGGUCGCGAAGGUCCCGCCUCACAUGAAAGCCGGCAUCAAAGUCUUACCCUCAGACUUCUUCGCGGUCAAGCUCAAACCUAAAGCCGAGAAACAAACCGAAUCUUCCUUUGACGAGUCAGGCGGCUACGAUAACAACAAAGAGCUGAUGGAGAAAUACAAAGAAAUCCAGGAGCACCAGAAAGACUCUGGAAUUUCAAGCGGGGCUAGACCUACUUCCGGUAACAUCCGCGGCAACCAAUACGACGACGGCGACGGUUUUCGAGAGUUUUCGAAACACCGCUACGAAGAAAACACCCGGGACUAUUCCUCCAACUGGCAAGACACCAGCCCGGACCGGCCCGUCCCCGGGGACGUCUACCGUCACGGUGCCCCGGGGGCGCCGGGCUACCCUCGCUACGAAGACAACAACAACAAAAACAGAUACAGCGUCCCCGACUACGGGAUGGACCCCCACAUGGGGCGCCAGUGGAACAACGGGCAGAAAUCUCAAUCCUCCUACGAGAUGGGCAACCCCUCCCCGUACCCCCACAACCCCGGCCUUGACCCCCACUCCAGGAUGAAAGACCUUGAAAUCGCCAACAUGUUUUCGAACUUUGGCCUUCAGGGGGGUCGACCCGCCCCGGACAUGCACAGGCAAAUGAGAGACAGAAACGAAUUUGCUGAAGGAUUGGGUUAUCUCCCUUAGCUCGUGCCAUUUAACACUUGUCUUACAUGCAUUGAACACUUUCUUCACAUGUGCCCCCCCCCCCUCCUCCACAUCAAAUAACUCACUUGUAAAUACAAAAUAUAAACACUGUAUAUUAACCAAGUGAUAAAUGCGUGCUACACAUGCGUGUGGUUUCAAGCACAUCUGGAAGCUGCACGCUCACGCAAUGUUUUGAUUGGUGGUGGUGUGGAUUACCAAUAUGUUACACUACAGUCUGAUCACUAUGUUGUACCUUUAUGGGGUUCUGUGUCAGAGGGUAUAUAUUGAUAUAUAUAUAUAUAUAUAUAU